AUGUCGCAGCAGCUUAUGCAGAGUGAGAAGAAUACUUGGGGGAAAGGACAGGUACUGGCAGCUGUUUUGGCUGGAGAUAUCGCCGCGGCGACCAUUUCCGCAACAGCGAUCAGUCCUAUUUUGACAGUCAUUGACCGUUCCGUAGUUGAGAAUGCCGCCCCAGCCAAACAGCCUCUGCUAUCUACCCUGAGAACCAACAUCCUCAACUCAGUCCGACGACCACGGCUGCUCUUCGCAACAAAGCCCUUCAUCUACAUGUGGACGCUCUAUGCAGCCACAUAUACCACCGCCAACGCAGUCGAGAGCAUAGGCACCGCACUCACAGCGGGAGCGGAUCGAAUACUCAUCAGUUCUAUCACGUUCAUUUCAACGUGUCUUGUCAACGUACCUCUAGGAGUAUGGAAAGAUGUACGCUUCGUCCAAACAUAUGGUAGAUCCGUAGAGCAAGUUAAGUUCAGCAAGAUGGUGGGAAACACGAGACCAGUGGCUUCACCUACACGGUCCACCUCCCCAGCGCGAGCAACUAGGUCUUCGCGAACCGUCGCCGCAACUUUCCUCUUCCGCGACGCCAUCACCAUAUUCGGAUCCAUCAGUCUACCGCCAAUGCUGAGUUCAGCUGUAUCAGCACCAGAUCCUCUUAUUCCAGAUCCUUCGACUAAGAACGCCGCAAUACAAAUCUUUACGCCAGUUCUCUCCCAG